GCGGGAGAACAGGCGCCUCAGAUGAGUGACAGGAAGUGUGUGAGCGUUGUUGACAGCAGCCUGACAGUCAGCACCCGGGGAUAAACGCACCUCGACUCUAAAGAUUAAAGGAGCAGACGCUGCGGAGAGAGAGAAGAGAGAGAGAGAGAGCGAGAGAGAGAAACUGCGCAGCGCCAUCCAGCUGCAAACAGCUGUCACAUCUGUGCGUCACUCCAACAACAAGAAAAAGUUUCUUCCCUAAAGCACGUGGACGAGUCUUCAGAGUUCAUGUGUGACAUAUACAGCCUGGACUCCCACUGCGUGUCUCCACAAUGCAACAUGAGUUGGGCGAUGGAGCCGGCUAACUUCUACGAGUGCGCCAAGCUGGGCGGCCCGCAGCACGGGGCGUGCAAGCCGGGCAGCCGGGGCGACGGGUCGGCCGAGGACGGCACCAUGGUGGAGCUGAGCACCGCCGCGGCGAUGUACGACGACGAGAGCGCCAUCGACUUCAGCCAGUACAUCGAGUCGAUGACAGCCGUGCCCAACCUGGAGCUGUGCAACGACGAGCUCUUCCUCGACCUGUUCAACACCGUGAAGCAGGAGAAGGCGGAUUUCUACAACCUGCAGAGCUCCGUGCUGCCCGGCGGCAUGCAGCAGCAGCAGCAGCAGCAGCAGCCGCCGCUGUCAGCCGCGUACCCGGCGGAGAGGAGAGCGGACAGCGAGCUGGACAAGGGGGCGUUCAGCGCGCCCAUCAAGCAGGAGUCCGACUGGAGUGACAGCGACAUGUCCUCGUCCCUGCCCUCGCAGAUCGAGUCCUGCGCCCAGACCUCCGUCAGCCUCACCACGGGACAGCCCACCCCACCCACGACCCCGGAGCCCGCGUCCGCCGCCAGCUCGGCCAAGUCCUCCCCGCGGAAGAUGGGCCGGGAGAAGGGCAAGAAGUCGGUGGACAGGUACAGCAUGGAGUACCGACAGAGGCGAGAGCGGAAUAACAUUGCAGUGAGGAAAAGCAGGGACAAAGCCAAGAGGCGCAACUAUGACAUGCAGGAGAAGAUGAUGGAACUGAACGCCGACAACGACAGACUUCACAAAACGGUGGAUCAGCUCACCAGGGAGCUCUCCGGCCUCAGAGACUUCUUCAAGCAGAUGCCCAACUCCUCCUUCGCGGCUCUGUCCUCGGGCAGCGAGAGGCGGUGACACACUCACUCUAUGAACUGCGCUUUCAGGAGACAUACCUCAGACACUUCGUGUUUACCAUCUGUACCAGAUGUAUUUUAAGCUUACCAUAAUGGCACUGGAAAAUAUAUGAUGUUGCUGCCAUAUUUUAUGUGGGAUUUUUCCUCUGUAUUAAAUUAUUUUACCACUGCAUUUAUGACAUGAUGAUAUACCUGACAUGGUACACUUUUUUUAUAAUUCCAAACUUUGUAUAAGAGCCAGAGCAUGAUCUUUUAUAUAGUUUGUAUAAAACCUGGAGAAUAUUUUGUUUAUGGAAUCUACAAUAAAAUCAUUGAAAAGUU